AUGCCAUUUGAGGAGUGGAAGAAACAUCAAGAAGUGGGCAAUAUAGUUGACUUCUUUGUUAAAUAUUGUAAUUCUCCUAUGCUUAACAAAAUCACGCCAACUAAUACAAAUAUAGAGCCUAAAAUUUCUAAUUCGAUGUUUUUAUCUAAGAAUAUUAUCCAGCGGUUUCUGUGUUUCUAUUUAAAAGGAAAAAAUGAAAUAGACGCAUUUAAUGUAGAAGUAUACAAUAUAUUAAAAGAGUAUCUGCCACCAACCGAGGAAAUAGAGGAAAAUAAAACAGAACUGCAAAAAAUCGCAGAAACGCUAUUCAAGUACUGGUUUUUAACAUUAAAUGGUAUGGAAGAAAAUAAGUUUAAUACACUUAUAGAUGAUAUUUCCAUCUGUUUUAAAAAAAUAGAAGAAAUAAAAUCAACUAAAGCCAACCCAAUUAGAUCUGAAAAGGUAGAAAGAGUUAAGUCUUUAUUGGUGGAUAAAAUUGCCUCUAGCGUGAAAAAUGAUUUUUUCUUGCUAGCUAUCAAUAAGUAUAUAGAAUUCGUAUCUAAUACUUUUAAAUCUAGUUAA